CUGCCUCCGCGGUGGCAGCUGCGGGAGCCCGGCUCGGGAGCCGCAGGAGCCGCCGCAGCUGCUGAGCGCCCAGCCCGCCGCGCCCUGAGACCCGGCCCCCGCGGUGGGAACGGCGUCGAGAGCUGGAAACUUUCCUAGCAGGGGCCGACUGCCGGGCACAAACGUACAGGAAAAAGACAGGAGAGAGAACUGUGACCUAAGGACCACCGAACCGCGUUUCCUCCGUGAAUGAGAAGUUACCAGAAGUAGGUCUGUUUGUUUUCUCAAGGUGUGAGUUUUUCCCAGCCGGUGCUCAGAAGGACAAAGGAAACAUUCCGACAAUUGGUCGAGGGUAGUGGCUGGCACUCCUGGCUACCAAUGAGAAGCCUCCGUAGGACAAGCUGACGAAGCGCACUAAUGUUAAACCUGCAACUAAAGAUUCUCCUAGAACUCUUGAAAACAGACAGAGAGUGUUGACCAUGUUGAAGGCUGUGCUGAAGAAGAGCCGAGAGGGAGGGAAGGGGAGCAAGAAGGAAGCAGGUGGUGACUUUGGUUCCGAGACGCCUGCCUUGUCCUCUGGUCACAGCGGUGACUCUCCUGUGAGUGGUCUUCCUACAGCAGAAGACACCUAUCGUGUGAGCUUGGCCAAAGGGGUUUCGAUGUCUCUUCCUUCUUCACCCUUGCUGCCUCGACAGUCUCACUUGACACAGUCAAGGUCGAACAAAAAAUCCCCAGGUCCCGUCAGGAAGCCCAAGUAUGUGGAGAGCCCCAGGGUGCCUGGAGAUACAGUUAUGGUCCCGUUUAGAGAAGGGUCCAAGCCCUCAGAGCCCAGUGAGAACGAAGCAAAGGCCAAUAAUGAACCGAGCUGUUCGCCAGCGGCUCAAGAACUGUUGACAAGGCUGGGAUUUUUACUGGGAGAAGGGAUCCCAAGUGCCACACACAUAACUAUUGAAGACAAAAAUGAAACCAUGUGCACAGCCCUGAGCCAAGGCAUCAGCCCUUGCUCCACGCUGACAAGCAGCACCGCCUCCCCCAGCACCGAGAGCCCCUGCUCAACCCUGAAUAGCUGUGUCAGCAAGACGGCCGCCGACAAAAGUCCCUGCGAGACCAUUAGCAGCCCCAGCUCCACCCUGGAAAGCAAGGACAGUGGAAUUAUAGCCACAAUCACAAGUUCGUCGGAAAAUGAUGACCGGAGCGGCUCCAGUUUGGAAUGGAGUAGGGAUGGGAGCCUAAGGUUGGGGGUUCAGAAGGGACUGCUUCAUGACCGGAGGGCGGAUAACUGCUCCCCAGUGGCAGAAGAGGAGACCACUGGGUCAGCGGAGAACGAGCAGCCCAAGGCGGAACCCUCAGCUGGAGAUGGUCCGGUCCCUUAUUCUCAGAGCUCCAGCUCGCUAAUAAUGCCACGGCCCAACUCAGUUGCAGCGACAAGUUCUACCAAAUUGGAAGACCUGAGUUAUUUAGAUGGGCAGAGAAAUGCUCCUCUCCGGACGUCAAUCAGGUUGCCCUGGCACAAUACGGCUGGAGGUAGGACACAGGAAGUUAAAGCCCGGUUUGCCCCCUACAAGCCACAGGACAUCUUGUUGAAGCCUCUGUUGUUUGAAGUGCCAAGCAUCACCACCGACUCUGUGUUCGUGGGAAGGGACUGGCUCUUUCACCGGAUAGAGGAAAGCUUGAGGAACACGGAACUGGCAGACAACAGAGGAGCGGUGGUCGUGGGCAACGUGGGAUUCGGGAAGACGGCCAUUAUCUCCAAGCUGGUGGCACUGAGCUGCCAUGGAAGCCGCAUGAGACAGAUUGCGUCCAGCAGCCCCAGUUCAUCACCCAAAACAUCAGAUCCCACCCAGGACCUCCCUGUCACUCCAUUACUUUCGCCAAGUUCUUCCACAAGUGCUCUCAGUGUGGCCAAACCACCUGCCGGGCCUGGGACUGCUGAAAGCCAGAGACCAAGAGAGGACGCAGUGAAAUCCCUCGCUUCUAAGGUGGUGGCCUAUCAUUAUUGCCAGGCUGACAACACGUACACGUGCCUGGUGCCCGAGUUUGUGCACAGCGUUGCAGCCCUGCUGUGCCGGUCCCACCAGCUGGCCGCCUACAGAGACCUUCUGAUCAAGGAGCCCCAGCUGCAGAGCAUGCUGAGCCUCCGCUCGUGUGUGCAGGACCCCGUGGCUGCCUUCAAGAGGGGCGUGCUGGAGCCACUUACCAGCCUAAGAAACGAGCAGAAAAUUCCAGAAGAGGAGUACAUCAUUUUGAUCGAUGGCUUGAAUGAAGCGGAGUUUCAUAAGCCUGAUUACGGAGAUACGCUGUCUUCAUUUAUUACGAAAAUUAUUCCUAAAUUCCCCACCUGGCUGAAGUUGAUCGUGACUGUGAGAGCAAAUUUUCAGGAAAUCAUCAGCGCACUGCCCUUUGUCAGGCUUUCCUUAGAUGACUUUCCGGACAACAAAGACAUUCACAGCGACCUGCACGCCUAUGUCCAGCACAGGGUCCAGAGCAGCCAGGACAUCCUCAGCAACAUCUCCCUGAAUGGCAAGGCCGACGCCGCCCUCAUCGGCAAAGUCAGCAGCCACCUGGUGCUGCGCAGCCUCGGUUCCUACUUGUACCUCAAGCUCACGCUGGACCUCUUCCAGCGGGGACACCUGGUCAUCAAGAGCGCCAGCUACAAGGUGGUGCCCGUGUCUCUCUCCGAGCUCUACCUGCUUCAGUGCAACAUGAAGUUCAUGACCCAGUCCGCCUUCGACAGGGCCCUCCCCAUUUUGAACGUGGCCCUGGCGUCCCUCCACCCCAUGACGGAUGAGCAGAUAUUCCAGGCGAUCAAUGCCGGCCACAUCCAAGGCGAGCAGGGCUGGGAGGACUUCCAGCAGAGGAUGGAGGCCCUCUCCUGCUUCCUCAUUAAGAGGAGAGACAAAACACGGAUGUUCUGCCACCCGUCCUUCCGGGAGUGGCUGGUGUGGAGAGCGGAUGGCGAGAGCACAGCCUUCCUGUGUGAGCCCAGGAAUGGACACGCUCUGCUGGCGUUCAUGUUCUCUCGACAGGAAAGCAAGCUGAACCGCCAGCAGACCAUGGAGCUUGGCCACCACAUCCUGAAGGCACACAUUUUCAAGGGCCUCAGUAAGAAGACUGGCGUCUCGUCAAGCCAUCUGCAGGCUCUGUGGAUCGGCUACAGCACGGAGGGGCUGUCUGCUGCCCUGGCCUCUCUCAGGAAUCUCUAUACUCCCAAUGUGAAGGUGAGCCGGCUCCUGAUUUUGGGAGGGGCCAACGUGAACUACAGGACGGAAGUGUUAAAUAACGCCCCCAUCCUGUGCGUCCAGUCUCACCUUGGCCACGAGGAAGUUGUCACUCUGCUUCUGGAAUUUGGCGCCUCCCUGGAUGGGGUGUCGGAGAAUGGAAUGAACGCACUCUGCUACGCAGCUGCUGCAGGCCACAUGAAGCUGGUGUGUCUGCUGACCAAGAAAGGGUCAAGGGUAGACCACUUGGAUAAGAAGGGUCAGUGUGCACUCGUCCACAGCGCGCUGCGGGGCCACAGUGACAUUCUCCAGUACCUGCUGAACUGUGAGUGGUCAUCAGGUCCUCCCCAGCCUGGCACGCUGAGGAAGAGCCAAGCCCUGCAGCAGGCACUGACAGCAGCCGCCAGCAUGGGCCACAGCUCGGUAGUCCAGUGCUUGCUGGGAAUGGCAGAGGAACACGGAAUCGAAGUCAAUGGCACCGACACCUUGUGGGGAGAAACAGCCCUGACUGCUGCUGCCGGGAGAGGAAAGCUGGAGGUCUGCGAGCUGCUGCUGGAGCAUGGAGCUGCUGUGUCUCGGGCCAACAGGAGAGGGGUCCCCCCUCUGUUUUGUGCAGCCCGCCAAGGGCAUUGGCAGAUUGUCAGAUUGCUUUUGGAACAUGGCUGCGAUGUGAACCUGAGUGACAAGCAGGGCCGGACACCUCUCAUGGUGGCUGCCUGUGAAGGACACCUGAGCACUGUGGAGUUCCUCCUCUCAAAAGGCGCUGCUCUUUCUUCCCUGGACAAAGAGGGCCUGUCAGCAUUGAGUUGGGCAUGUCUGAAGGGUCACAGGGCCGUGGUCCAGUACCUGGUUGAAGAAGGAGCAGAGAUAGAUCAGACGGACAAAAAUGGCCGUACUCCCUUGGACCUGGCCGCCUUCUAUGGUGACGCAGAGACGGUGCUGUAUCUGGUGGAGAAGGGAGCCGUGAUCGAGCACGUGGACCACAGUGGGAUGCGCCCCCUGGACAGAGCCAUUGGAUGUCGAAACACUGCGGUGGUGGUUACACUGCUUAGAAAGGGAGCCAAACUAGGAAAUGCCGCUUGGGCGAUGGCCACAUCCAAACCUGAUAUUUUGAUUAUACUUUUACAGAAAUUGAUGGAGGAAGGAAAUGUGAUGUACAAGAAAGGGAAGAUGAAGGAGGCGGCCCAGAGGUACCAGUAUGCCUUAAGGAAGUUCCCUCGGGAAGGAUUCGGAGAAGACAUGAGGCCGUUCAAUGAACUGAGAGUCUCCCUGUAUCUCAAUCUGUCUCGAUGCCGGAGGAAAACAAACGACUUUGGCUUGGCAGAGGAAUUUGCUUCGAAGGCUCUGGAAUUGAAACCCAAGUCCUAUGAAGCCUUUUAUGCCCGGGCAAGAGCCAAAAGGAACAGCAGGCAGUUCCUGGCAGCUCUGGCAGACCUGCAGGAGGCCGUGAAACUCUGUCCCACCAACCAAGAAAUCAAGAGGCUUCUGGCCCGCGUGGAGGAAGAGUGUAAACAGCUCCAGAGGAGCCAGCAGCAAAAACAGCAGGGUCCCCUGCCAGCUCCGUCCAAUGACUCGGACAAUGAAGAGGAUGCGCCAGCCUCCAGUGUAAAGGACCACUUCCCCAUCGAGGAGGCAGAAGAGGAAGAAACGUCUUCACAGGAAGAACCCAUGUCCCCAACUCCCAGAUCCCAGCCACCGCUGCCGCCAUCUGCCCCUUCCCCGUAUAUCCGCAACCUUCAAGAGGGCUUACAGUCCAAAGGCAGGCCAGUGUCACCACAGAGCAGGACAGGAAUCAGCAAGUCCCUGAGAGAGACUGUAGCUCAGCCAGGCUUGGUUAUGCAGCCGACCAAACAGGCACAGAUAGUGAAGACCAGCCAACAUCUGGGUUCUGGGCAAUCGAGCAUGAGAAACAGCAGCGCAAAAAUACAAGUCUCUUCCCAGAACCCUCCCCCAAGUCCGAUGCCUGGUAGAAUAUCCGUGGCCCCUGCGGGGAGCAGAAACCAGCAUUUAGAGGGAACGGGUCCCUUCACUGCAGGAACUGGUUGUGGCCACUUUGCGGAUCGGCUGGGCCCCAGCCAGAACCUCCAGCUGCAGCGCAGUGAGAGCGGAACUGCGUACCCUCUACCAAGCAAAAUCAAAGCCGCCGAGCGCCUCUUGGCUCAUGCCUCCAUGACUGUGGAUGUAGCUCCUCCUCCGAGCCAGGGUGGACCGGCGGCGGCGGUGGCGAGCUGCGGUGGCGGCGAUGUGCGACACCCCGCUUCCCUCGCCAGCUCGGGCUCUUCUGGCUCGCCGUCUAGCAGCAUCAAGAUGUCAAGUUCCACCAGUAGUUUGACUUCAAGCAGUAGUUUUUCAGAUGGAUUCAAGGCCCAAGGCCCAGACUCUCGAAUCAAAGACAAGGGCACCAGCCAGGUGCCGGGCGGCACCACUGAACACAGGCCCCGCCAUACUCCCUUCAUGGGCAUCAUGGACAAGACCGCCAGGUUUCAGCAGCAGAGCAAUCCUCCGGGUCGCUCCUGGCACUGCCAGGUGCCAGAGGGGCUUCUGACAAACACAGCCACUGCAGCUGGCCUGCAGCCCAACCCCGACAAGCCCACUCUCAAGCCAGGAGGCUACUGUAGCCAAGCCAAACCUUGCUCAGUUUCCCCGCUGGGCACGGGUGUCCCCAACGGGGCACAGGCGAAGGAGCCGGAGGAGAGUAAGUGCCAAAUCCCAGCCCUCUGUCAAGACAGCCGGAAAACUAAGGGUGUGCCUCACCUGUACCAGGAAAGCAUCUCGAAGCAGCCGCCUCACGUCGGCACGGAAGCUCACAGGAGCCACCUCACCUCAGCGAAACCAAAGCGAUCGUUCAUAGAGUCAAAUGUGUGAGCCUUACGCUGUCCGCAUGUGGUAGUAUCGAGUGCCGUCUCUUGGCUUGGGUAGCGAAUAAUGUCUUUUUUUUUUUUUUUCUUUUCAUAAUAAGAAUUACAUUUUAGCCAUAUUCUCCACCUCUGGGGUGGAUCUGAUGCCAUUGACAUAUUAAAAAUGUAGCGUAAAACUAUAGUGCAUAGCUAGAAAUCGCCCACCAACAGGAAUGCUAAGCAGAAUUAAAAACUACCCUCGGCUUCUACCUGUCAAUUUAAAGGCUGCCAAGAAGAUAUCACCUGAUGCUGUUCUCUUAGGAGAGGUUUGGUUUGCUGUGCACAAAAGCACAUUUACUUAGAGAAGAAAGAAACACCCACUGGUAAAAGAUUUUAAUUCCCGACAUAAUACCUGGAAGUGUAUUCUGGGAAAGAUGGGGGAAUGUUCGAGAAGUUACAGAUCCCUUUAGUCACACCCCAGUUCUUACAUAUGUAUAAACGUUGCAACCUGAGUGCUUUCUGGCCAGCUAUAAUAAUAAAUGUGACUGUAAACAGCAGGUUUUUUCCUGUUACUGAAAUACGAGCACACCCAAGUAUCAUUCCCAUCAUGGCAGUUACUCAAAGGGGAUCACACAUUUACUUCCAUGUUAAUGGUCUUUUUUGCAGAGUAUUUUUAUAGCCCUUUUUUUUUUUUUUUUUUUUUUUGGUUUUUCGAGACAGGGUUUCUCUGUGUAGCUUUGCGCCUUUCCUGGAGCUCACUUGGUAGCCCAGGCUGGCCUCGAACUCACAGAGAUCCGCCUGCCUCUGCCUCCCGAGUGCUGGGAUUAAAGGCGUGCGCCACCAACGCCCGGCCCUUUUUUUUUUUAAUAUAUUCAUGCUUCAUGGCGUUGCUGAUAGAAGGGAAAGGCUAUCUAGACUUCUGGUUGGUAACCGGGUCAGAUACUUUUGUGCAAAAGUACCAAGACAAGCACUCUUGGUGAUGCCGACAGCUUAGCUCUAACUGGUUCCAAAGGCGCUCUGGACAGCGGUGGCGCAAGUCCCGGAAACAAGCCUCCGAUGUCCUCUAGGGACAGUUUACACAGGACCCUGGAGGUCUGGGGGGGUUGGUUGUUUUCAUCAUGCCGUCAUUAUCUCGCAGUCACAUGUUGUAUAUAGAAACAGCUAGCCCGGUUUUAUUCAGGCUUGUACAUAUAACUCAGAAGAAGUUACUCUGAAGACAAACCACAGAACCCUGCCAUCCAUCUGCAUGUUCUCUGUAAGCUCCAUCCGUGCUGGUCACUGCACUGAACAAUGCGCUCUCGUGGCAUGUUAACAGGAUACUCCUAACGGCACUUUAUCUCGUUGUCUGAACACCUCUGAGGUGCUAUUCAUCUGUAAAGAUAAGGUACACGGAUGAACCUUGGCUUAUGGUAUUUUUAUAUAAAAAUGGUGUUAUUGGAGGAUGUUCAAAUGCUGGUGUGAGAGAGAUUGGGGGGGAGUAUUUUAUAUGUUGAGAUGUGAAAUGUAUUUUCCAGACCUGGGGAGAAGGAAGUUCUAUAUUUGCAGAAUGUUUUAAAAAGGAGUAGCCAUGAUGUUCAUGUGAACAUCACUAAGGUUUUGUACGAAUAGGAACCUUGCAGUGUCCUUCGGCAUAUGUUCCUGUGUGUGUAGCGUGCUUUGUACAAAAGCUAGGCCAUUUGUAUGAGCUUUCUCUGAGCUCUGCUCUAAUUCCUAUGGCUAUUUAUUGUUUUCUUUAAUAUUUGUGAAAGUCUCUCUCUUUGGUUAUGUAGUUUUGUUUCUGCACAUCUACUGUACUUCUCCAUAUGGAAUAAAAACCAUUACUACAA